AAUUAUUAUAAAAUUUCUUAUAUCUCUAUAUUUUUUAAACAUCCUCUUUUUCCUGGAGAUAAUGCGUUUUAAUUGGUAAAAUAUUUAGAAAAAAUUGAUAUUUUCAGAAACUAUUUAAAUUUCUGGGUGACCACAGAUAUGACUAUGGUUAGUUAGUAAUAAUUAUUAAUUUUAUAUCAGACUUAUUUUUGUGCGCGUUUUAAAAUUUAUAUUUUCACCCGCGCUAUAUGAAAGCACUGACAUCAUCUAACAGAAUUAUAAGAACAGAAAAUGUAUUUUUUCAUAAAAUACAUAAAGUUUUACAUUUUAUUAACUAUCGUAAAUUGUUUUGCGGCCGUGAUAAAGUCAAAAAAUAUUUUUACAGUGGGCUCACAACUUUACAGUUGAAAAUUUUUGAAAUUGCAUUUUAUGUACUUCCAAAUACUUAGCCAUCUAGGUGUAAAAAACAGGAACUAAAUCUUCCUAAUAUCUUCCUAAUAGUAAUAGUAAUAGUAAUAGUAAUAAUAUAGCUUGAGAAGGUUGUACCUUUUUGUUAUACAAUACCUUGUCGUUGUUACGAAAACAAAAAAUGAAUUAAUGCAAAAAUUGUAUUUAUAAUUUAGUUUCAUUAGUUGUAACUUUUUACUGUUAUUUAAAUAUGUUGCUAAAUAGAACAUAUAGUUGUUCCCGCUAUAAAUAAUUCCAGUUGUUCAUAUAUUUUGUUGCACGUGUAUGACGACGAAGCAAAAGCAUAUUAUAGAGUGCUAUUCGUAUCAGUAAAUAAAAAGUGCGUUACCUUGCGGUGAAUCCCGAUACCAAAAAAUAAUGGCGCGAUCAACGGUGUUGUAGGGGUGGAUUCACUUAGGAGUUACAUAGUACCCCCCGAAGUUUUAAAACGAAGAGAACAAUUCUGGGAACAAUUUUUCUAUAGAUACUCAGAUCAGGUGUGUAUAAUUUUUUGUGACAGUAAUUAAUAAUGAUAACAAUGAUCUGAUUUAGUUCACAGACGAUAUUGAAUUGGAUAUUAGAACACUUAAACCGUGUAAAAGCGAAUGUAGACCACAAAUUACACAUAAACCUAGAAGUGUGGUACAAUAUUGGGUUAAUACUGGUUAUUUACCUUAUCAAAUAAGUAUUAGGAAAGUUGAUUAUAUAAAAAGUAUUAAUUCUAAUACAGGAAAAUCAAAUAUACAUUAUAUGAAACCAUGUUACGAUGAAAGUUCUCUUAGUAGUUCUGUUGAUACAGCUACAUAUAUUUUACAAAAUAUAAAUACAACAAAUAAAGAAAAAAGAAUGGCGAUUAUGGGAGAAGCUAAACCUCAAAAUACAAUUACUUCCUCCAAUACAACCUAUUAUGAAAAUGCAGAAACAACACAGAGAGCUAAUGGCAAAGAGCUACCAAAUGAUAAAUCUCAUGAACUGCCGCCUAAUAAUUUUUGUGAGGUGACACAUAGUGAAUCUUGUGAGUUAUUUAGUAAUAAAUCUUGUGAACUAUCAAAUAGUACAUUUUGUGAACUACAAAAUAAGGAAUCCUGUGACCUACAAAGUAAUAAAUCUUGUGAGCUACCAAAUAAUAAAACUUGUGAGCUGUCAAGUGAUAAAUCUUGUGAGCUAUUGAGUAAUAAAUCUUGUGAACUAUCGAAUAAUAAAUCUUACAAGCUACAAAAUAAUAGAUCUUGUGAUGCACCGAAUAAUAAAUCUUGCAAGACACCAAAUAAUAUAUCUUGUGAGCUACAAAAUAAUAGAUUUUGUGAUGCACCGAAUAAUAAAUCUUGCGAGACACCAAAUAAUAAAUCUUGCGAGUUACAAAAUAAUAGAUCUUGCGAUACACAGAAUAAUAAAUCUUGUGAGACACCAAAUAAUAAAUCUUGUGAGACACCAAAUAAUAAAUCUUGUGAAACAUCAAAUAAUAAAUCUCAUGAGCUAUUGAAUGAUAUGUCUUGUGAGUUAUCAAAAAUUCAAUCUUCAUCAAUGUAUUCUAAACAAAGUUACUUAGAAAAAUCUUUAUUGAAUAGUGAUGUUACACAAAUAAGACAUCGUAAGAAAUUAUAUACUGGUAGAAAUUCACCUGUUGAUCUUGUUACUAUGAAAAAAUGUAACAAACAGGUACUUUGUAAAAUGCAACAACAUAUACACCCUGCAUUAGAUUUUGGGUAUUCACUACCAAAUAAAUUAAAUAUUAAACGAAGAAGACAGUUAAAGAACUCCUGUAUAAUUAAUAAAAAUUUAGAAAAUGUUUCUCAAGUUAUUUCAAAUUUUAAAAGAUCUGCUCAAACAGGAAAUGGUCAAAAUUAUUUUGACUUAUUACAUAUGACUUUAGCAAAUCAAUCUGUUAUUACAAACGAUAAAGAUGAUAAUUAUACAAUGGAUAAUAAUUACGAAGAAUUGAAUGGUACAAUGGUUCGGUUAAAAAAAAUUCGUUCAAAAACACGUAAAAAAUCUAAUAAGACAUUUGCACAAUCAAAAAACGUGAAAUUAUCCAGAAAUAACAGUUAUAAAUGUACGAAGAAACCAAAUAAGCAUACGAAAAAUCUUAAAAACUUGAAUCCAACAGUUCUCUUAACAAAGUUAUCAAAUUGUGAUAUUCAAAAAUAUAAAAAGUUGAAUAAUCUCUUACACAAUUUCAAUCCUGUAAUUCGUUUAAAACGAUUAGCAAAAUUUGAUAUUCAAAAAUACAAAAAGUCAACGAAUGUAAUGAAAAAUACAAAAUAUUUAAAUGCAAUAGUUAGUUUAGAAAAAUUGUCAGACACUGCUAUUAAAAGAUAUAAAACAAGUCUUAAUAUGAAAAAACACAGUGAAAUUAAUUUAUUAUCUGAUACAUUUCAGUUACCAUAUAGUGUAAACAAAUGUCAGCAUUUUUUAAAUAAUACAUUUAAUAGCUUACAGUCUUCCCCAAAUGUUAUUAAAAUAUCAUCUAAUGAUACAGAUAGUGAUCAGAGUACAGUUUUAAUGUAUAGGUGCAACAGUAAAACAUCUGAUACUUUAUCUACAAGUAAUAUUUCUGUAUUUUCUAAAAACACUCAUAAAGAUGUACAAAGUGAAAAGAGCAUUGAUAAUACAUUACAUAUAUCCACUAAUUCACAGAACAGUAUAUGCAGUACACCUUCUCACAAAUCAAAAAUAAUUGCUGAAAAUAUUAAUGAUGAUAAUACAUAUAUAGCCAGUGGCAAAAAGAUAAAAUUAAGUUCUACUGUAGAAACAUCUGAUAGUGUUGCUGAAUUGAUAACACCUAGACAUUAUCUAAGGUCCGGGAAUUCACAAGAUAAUUUAGGCAGUACACAUUCUCACAAAUCAAAAAUAAUUCCUGAAGAUAAUAAUGCUGAUAAUGCAUACACAACUAGUAGCAAAAAGAUAAAAUUAAGUUCUACUGUAGAAAUAUCUGAUAGUGUUGAUGAAUUGAUAAAGCCUAGACAUCACUUAAGGCACAGGAAUUCACAGCAUAAUUUAGGCAGUACACAUUCUCAUAAAUCAAACAUAAUUCCUACAAAUAAUAAUGAUGAUAAUGUACAUAAAACUAGUGACAAAAGGAUGACAUUAAGUUCUCCUGUACAGGCAUCUGAUACAGAUGGUGUACUGAUAAAACCUAGACAUUAUCUAAGGUCCAGAAAUUCACAGGAUAAUUUAGGCAGUUCACUUUCGCAUAAAACGAAAAUAAUUCAUAAAAAUAAUAAUGAUGGUAAUGUACAUAAAGCUAGUGAUAAAAAGAUGAAAUUAAGUUCUACUGUAGAAACAUCUGAUAGUAAUGAUGAAUUGAUAAAGCCUAGACGUCUUAGGCCCAGGAAUUCACAGGACAAUUUAGGUAGUACACUUUCUCCUAAAUUGAAAAUAAUUCAUAAAAAUAAUAAUAAUGUUAAUGUACAGACAACUCCUGAUAAAACAAUAAAAUUAAGUUCUACUGUACAAACAUCUAAUACAGAUGAUGCACUGAUAAAACCUAGACAUUGUCUAAGGUCUAAAAAUUCACAGAAUAAUUUAUAUAAUACACUUUCUCGUAAAUCAAAAAUACUUCCUAACAAUAAUAAUGAUAAUGAUAGUGAAUAUACAACUAGUGGCAAAAAGAUGAAUUUAAGCUUUACUAAAGAAACAUCUGAUGUAGAUGAUGCAUUGAUAAAACACAGACAUUGUCUAAGAUCCAAAAAAACUUUAAAUGUAACUAAAGAACAAUGUAGCAAUGAAUGUAAUACAACAAAACCUUGCAGAGAAUCAGGAAAAAUUAAAUCUAGAAUGGAAGCUGUAAUUAUAAACCCGACAGAAUCAUUACAUGAUGUAAAUUACAUACAUUUUGAAACCAACUUAUUUGAUUUUGAUGAUUCUGAUUUUACUUCCUCCAUACUUUCUGAGUAAAAUGUUAAAUUACUGUUGUACUCAGCUAAAUUACAUCAGCAGAGAUAUAUAUAAAGUAACAACAUAUUGCAAAUAUAAAAUGAAGAUAAUAAUUCAGUUUUGUUUAAGGUUAACAUUAGAACAACCAAACUCGUUAAAAUGACGAAUUCCAAAUUUCAUAUUUACAAAAAAAAGAAUCGAUAAACAUUAUUGUUUUAGUAAUAUACAUUGGCUGUGAUUAAAUAAUGAAAUUAUUCUAUACAAGGUGACUUAUUUUACAUUUAUUGUACAAAUAUUUUUGCUUCCAUUAAAUAUAUAGUACAUGUUCUAAAUACAAAGAUCUUUAGCUCAAUGGAAUACAUAACUAGAUAAAGGUAACAUAUAAAAUUUGAAGUAUUAAAGCAGAGUAUUUUCAUGUUACAAAUGUUUGAAAUGGUAAUCAUUUAUGUAGAUAGUUAUAUAAAUAAACUUUCGAAGUAUAUUGGAUUGUGUCAAGAACAUUUGGUGUGAUAUUCACAAUUAGGUUUGCAUUGCAUUUCUUCUACAUUUACGAUAGACAGUUAUCAAUUCAAUUUUUCAAUAAUAAUAAUGAAAUUGGGUUGGAAUAUUUUAAAAACCUAAAAACAUUCCAAUAUCUUAAAACUGAUUUUCUUUGCUUGUGAUCUUUGAUAAUCUGAAAUACUUGUAAUAAUUGAAUUUCUAAUGAAAUAAAUCAUAACCAUAAAUUUAUUUAAAAAGAAAGUGAUCUGAAAAAUAA